CUCAAAGUGGCGGGAAUUCAGUCGUUUAUUAGCUUAGCCACGUUAGCUUUCAGGUGGUUGCUCUUUACAUUUAUUCACUCAUAGAUUGAAACCAGAGGCCACAACACAGGCUCGUUUAAUCUUGAGAGUUAAUUAAGACUGGACUGUGUGCAUUUCUUUGACCGGAGCGUUCCAAUAACUCAAAGCUAUCUGAAAAACUCAUAUUAGCAUUAGCUUAACUUGUAGCGCUCGUUAGCUAUCGUUAGCGGUAGCUCUCGUUAGCUUUCGGUCCCGGUUUGUUAGAAUUAGCUAACGUAAUCUGUAAACUGUAAAGAAUGGCAACGGGGAGAAAACAGAUGAAGAAGAAACACCCAGAGGAAAAAACGGAUAAAAAUGUUUAUGAUUUUAUUGAAGAAGAUGUAAAGAAAGUGCUGAGUGGUUCAGAGGACGAUGUCAGAGAAGAUGAAACUCCAAUAGUGGACAAGAUGGCAAAGAAGAGACCUGCUGCUGACUUUGAUGAGCAGGGGGCUGCCUGUGCCGUGGGAAAUGAGGUGCAGUCGAUGCUGGAGAAAUUUGGAGCGGAUAUCGGCAAGGUGAUGCAGGCCAAGAAGAAACGUCUGGAGUGUCUGACCAAGAACUACAUGAAGGGAAGCCAGCACAAACUGGAGCAGCUGUGGAACAACUAUCAUGGCCAGAGGCAGAAGAUGACGCAGCAGUACUCUCAGCAGGUUUCCUCCGCACUACAGCAGUGGGAGACUGAAGCACAGCGAGCUGAGGAGCAGGAGGAGAAGCUCAAUAAUCUGUUCCGCCAGCAGCAGAAAAUCCUGCAGCAGGCCCGAGUCGUGCAGAACCAGAAGCUGAAAACCGUCAGAGAGCUGUACGAGCAGUUUGUCAAGAACAUGGAGGAAAUGGAGAAGAGCCAUGAGUCCUUCCUGCAGGGGGCGCAGCAAGAGCUGAGGAAGGAGAUGGCCACCCUGCAGAAGAAGAUCCUCAUGGACACACAACAGCAGGAGAUGGCCACAGUCCGCAAGUCUCUACAGUCCAUGCUAUUCUAACCUGCAGUUACCACGGUAACGUUGAGGAUGUACUCUGGAUCAGGGGUUGUCAUGGUUACACACUGUGCUUCCCGAUAACUUUAUUUACAAAUGUCAUGUUUACAGUCAAUUCUUGUAUUCUGCUUAGUGAGAGUUCAUUUCAGCUCGUGUUUUAUUGGUUUACUGGUUACACCCAGACCUGAUUGAAAUGUUUGUUGUGUAGUUACCGUACGGGCCUAUAAGUUCGAUUCAUCUUGUAUUACUGGUGCAUUUUUAAUUCUCUUAAUGACAUAUUUAUGGGUUAUAUGGUUACACAUACACACGUGUUAAUAUAUUCUCAGUUAAUCAUUUGGUGAACAAACUGAACACUGAAACAUUUCUAACACGGCCUCCUAAAGUUAAAUAUAAAAUCUCAUGUUGUUUCCAGAGUCUAGCUCAGUUUAACUGUAUUAGUUUAACUCUCCCUCUUCAUGUUGUAGGAUGAUGUUCAGACCUCGUAAUUCUGUUUUUUAGUUAAGACUUCCUACCAGCUGUUCUGUAAUAAGUAGUAUAAGUAGUAUACGUUCACAGUGAAUCUGGAUAAAUAAAGUUUAAUCA